AUUAUUGUUUCGUUCAUUUUUCCAGCAGACAGACGUCGUAGCAAGCGUUCCUCCAUUGGGAAAGUGCAUUUCCAGAUAUCGGAUAAGAUCGGUAAAAUCUACGACUAAGCGGGCGUUUCACAGUUAAAAAAGAGUUUAUUUUUGUUUUGCUUAUUGAAAAAGUUAAUCCCAAAGUUCAGGCAUUUACUUUCGAUGCGAAGUAAUCCAUUCGCAGGGUAGUUUUCCGAUGGACAAGCGACGACAUGUUUGUCUCUGUGAAUGUGUGCGUGUGUCCGGCGUGAAUGAAAUAUAAAUGCGUGUUUAUAAAGCGAAUCACAUGAAAGUUUUGUUAUAAGAAGCGUAAUAAUUUAAAACACACACAGAGCGCAAUAUUAUUAAGCUUAAAAAUCAUCGCAAAGCGCUACAACCGAAGUAGGAAACAGCAAGCAGUACCGGUGGAAUUGGGAAGCUUUGUUCCUCCUCCCGGCCAUCGGAGUGUGUGUGUCUGUGCGUGUGUACGCGUGUAUUUGUAUAUGUGACUUGUGCUGUCAAACGAAGCAGCAUUAGCGGCGACAGUACCAACACCAAGCAUCGACGGCGACGGAGUUAACGCGUUUCUUUACCUGAAUUUCAGAACUACCAUAGACUUUGCGCCCGCGUGAUCGUCUAAGUGUAGUGUGUUUGCCAUAGUUUCUACCGAUCAGCUCGCCCAUCUACUGCACUGCAAACAUGGAGGUCGACCAGGAGUCGGGUGUGCUGCACUCGAUUUUAAGCCCCGAAGAGCUGGGGGCCAUUCCGGAAGCAUCGAUAAAAAAGAUUGAAAGCGCGUGCGAAAAGAAGUUUGAGGACUUUCUUACCGCAAAAGCGUUGUGCGAAACGACAAAGACUGACCUAGAAAAAAGCAAAGCAGAGUAUGAGAAACAAAUAGAGCUGCUGACACUCAAGGCGGAAGAUGAAUCGGCCAAAUAUCACUCGUCCCAGCUGAGCGUGAAGGAGAUGCGUAUCGAGCUGGAGGACGUGAAACAGGAGCUUUGCAAGGCGAAGGAAAAGCUGUCCUCGAACGAGGUCGAAAACGAUCGGUUCCGCAAGGAGCGCAACCAGGCGAUGAAUGAACGCGACGCCAUGGACAGUGCGCUGAAGCGGAAGGAGCUGGAAGUCGAGCGGCUGCACCAGGAUGUGCUCGAGCUGGAAAAGAAGCUGAAGUCGGCCAGCGUGGCGAAAUGCGAAGCGCUGGCCAGGCUGGACGAGAUCGUUAGCAAAGAGCACAGCCUUGAGUUUAAGGAGAAGCGCAUGGAUCAGGAGCUGUCGAUGCGGGACCAUCAGAUCGCUCGCCUGACACAGGACCUGGAUCAGGCUUUGCGGGAGCUGCAGGGCAUCCGGCGCGAUCAGAACAUCAAAUCGUUGACGGUGGAGACGAAGCUGUCGGAAAAGAACGAGGAGCUGAAGAUCGCUCACCAAACCAACACGUUCCUGACGGAGCAGAACACGGAACUGUCAUCGAAGGUGGAGGAGCUGGCGACCAAAAACAUGAAGCUGCGGACGGAAAUGUCCACCAUGAUGGAGCACUACCGGAAGGAGCUGGAUUCGCAGAACCGGCUCUGUGAGCUGCUGCAGCAGGACAAGCAGGACCACCUGGAGCAGACGAAAGAGCUCGAGUCGGCCAUCACCGCCCUGCGCCAGAUGCUGAACGAAGCGACCGAGUCGUGUGGUACGAUCGAGACCGAGAAGAAGCAGCUCGAGCUGAAGCACGCCGAGGAGUUGGCCGGCCGGGACAAGUCGAUCGGUGAGCUGCAGGAGGAGCUGAAACGCGCGAACGAGCUGCUGGCGGCGGCUCACGAGGAAAGCAUAGAGCAUGCGGUGGAAAAGAUAGCCCCGUCGGCAGCUGCUACCAGCCGCAUGCUGAAGACGGGUAUGUCACUGACGGAGGUGUACACCCAGUACGUCCGCACGAUGGAGCUGCUCCAGCAGGAGCAGAAAGAGAACGGCAAGCUGAAGCUGCAGCUGCAGAACAUCCUGCACGAGCUCGAGCAAAGUGCGCCGGAAAUAUCGCGCCAGCAGAACGAAAACCACAAUCUAAGAGAGGCAAACGAGGAGAUUACGCAGCAGCUCAACAAUCUGAUCGCAAAGAGCGGCGAAAUGCACUCGGAGAUGGCGGCAGUGCGGGAGAAAAUGCGCAUCGUGGAAGCGGAAAACAAAAACUUCCGCCAGGAGCGGGCGGAUCUCAGCCGGCAGAUCUGUCACCUGCUGAACGAGAUCGAGAAGAUGCAAAACGGUGUCAUUGCGCCGGACAUCGAGCUGGCGGGCAUCGGCAGUCCGGGCGAGCUGAUCUCAAAGAAGCUGGUGACGUUCUCCAACAUCCAGGAGCUGCAGGACAACAACGUGAAGCUGCUGCUGGUGGUGCGCGAUUUCAGCGCUAAGCUGGAGGAGAUGGAAAAGGUGCACAACUCGAUGAGUGCGGCCACGUACGAGGCGAAGCUGGAGGCGUGCAACAAGCGCAUCAACGAGCUGAAGGAUACGGUGGAGAAGCAUCGCAGCCUGCUGGAGCAGUGCAGCCAGCAGCGAGAUCGGUACAAGAAAAUGUACCACGAUGCGAUGCGCAGCUACAAUCCCGCCUUCUCGACCGCCAGCAUGAACGGCGGCAACAUGCAGAGCGAUUCAAUGAUGGACGGGCUGGAUGAGGUACCGCUGGCCAACAGCAGCACGGCGAACGACGCGAACGUCAGCAACAGCAGCAAUCAGCUGGCCGCAAUCGUGGCGGAGAAGGAGCGCAAGGUGACGGCGCUGGAGGCCAACCUGCAGGAGCUGCAGAAGGAGCUGGGUGGUGUGAAGAAGGAGUAUGAGGCUUACCGGCGCGAGAAGCUGGCCAACGAUAAGGCGGUCAAUGAGCAGUUCGACAAGUUCCGUACCGAAAUCCGCGAGCUUACCGCAAACAACGUGAAGCUGAUGGGCACCAACGAAUUCAACGCCGAGCAGAACCGCAUGAUAUCGAAGAACAUCACGACGUACAAGAACCAGAUCACGGCGCUGGAGGAGCGUAAUCGCAACUAUGAAGGCACGAUUGCCAAGCAGGAAGCCUCCAUUAUGUACCUGAAGGAGGAGGCGAUGAGCGCACAGUCGAAGCUGGCCCGCGCCGAGGUACAGCUGGAGAAUCUGAAGCAGGAGUGCCGGAUUCUGAAGGAUAGCGAAUCGCGCCUGCAGGCGGAACGUGAAAUUCUGAACCGCGAACGCUGCAACCAGAAUCUGCUGCUAAACAAUCUGGAAAUGAUCAAGGUCAGCAUGGAGCGGUCGGAGAACGAAGGCAGGCAGCGGCUCGAGUCCCGGCUCGACGAGACGUCGCGCGAAUGUUCGGCCCUGCGGCGGCGGUUGCAAGAGGAGCAGGAUCGGUUCCGGGAGCAGAUGGCUUACCUGCAGCGGCAGGUCGAAACGGCACAGAAGCGGAUGGACGAAGAGGUGGCGAUCGCCGAGGGCCACCAGGCAGCGCUGCGGGAGGCUCGCGAUGAGCUGGAGAUCAAAUCGCGCAAGAUCGACGAUCUGCAGCGCAAGCUGCAGGAAUCGCUGUCUACGAACGACGAGGACAAUCCCGUGACGCAAGCGAGACGAAAGAUUCGCGAGCUCGAACAGGCCCUGGCGGAGAGUGCGGUCGAGGUGGAGUCACUGCAAGGGCAGCUGGCAACGGCCCAGGAGCACAUCAAGCAGUACGCGCAGCUGUCCGAAUCGGCCGAAAAGGAGCUGAAGGAUCUGACGGAGCUGUACAACCGCACCAAGCAGACGAGCGAGCAGGAACUGGCGGCGGUGCGAAAGAGCGAGGAAGAGCUGCGCACUCAAGUGGAAGAGCUGAAGACGCAAAUAUCGUUGAAGCUUACCGAUGAGCAGCUCACCACCGGUGACCAGAAUUCCGAACUGCACAAGGUGCAGCUGGAGCUCAAGAGCACGCUGGAAAAGCUGACCGCGCAAGCGAACGAGCUGCGUCAGUAUCGUGAAAAAACCAACAACAUGUCCGAUGAGCUGCGUGCCGUGGGAGAGCGGUAUUCGCGCGAGGUGAUGGAGCAUUCGAACGACAUUACGCAGCUGGCAAAGCUGAAGGAAGAGAUGCACCGCACGCAAGCCCAAUUCGAUGAGCUGAGGAAGCAGCGCGACCAGGCGCAGGAGCAUCUGAAGACGAACGAAGAGUGCUGGAAAAAUCGCGAACAGAUGCUACGCACCGAAGUGUCCCAGCUCGAAGAACAGCUCAACAGCCUCAACUCGCAGAAUGCGGUCCUGCACGACCAGAUACAGAGCCUGAGCACUCGGUUCUCGAUCAGUGCGGCGGCGCUCAACCAGUCGGCCGUCCUGUCCGAAUCGGCGACCAAUCCGGACGAUUCGAUGGGCGGCGCGGACGCUUCCAUACUGAACCGCUCGCUGAACGACGAGGAGAAGCAAUCGCUCGAACAGAUGCUACAGAUCAUCAAAUACCUGCGCAAGGAGAAGGACAUUGCGGUGGCCCGGUUCGAUGUGCUGCGGUCGGAGAACGUGCGCAUACAGUCGGAGUUCAUGAUGCUGCAAAAGAACUUUGACGAGUCGCAGGCGGAACUGAAGCAAAUGCGCGAGAACGUCGACACCGAAACGGUAACCGCGGCCAAGCACGAGGAAAUCCUGCGCAAACUCGACACGUACAACGCACUGACGGACAGCAACCGAGUGCUGAGGGAGGAACGGGACGGUCUGAACCAGAAGGUGCGAGAGCUGUCCCAGCGUUUGCUCGACGCAGAGGAUAAGCUGUUCCCGCUCGAGGAAAAGGUGCGCGAACUGACGGUUAAGCUGGAAUCUUCCACCAACGAAAACACGACCCUGCGUAUGGAUGUGGCGCGCCAGCGGCAGCGCAUGACAACGCUGGUCGAACGUUCGUCGAAAACAAACUCGGACGACUGGAAGCGCAUGCAGACGGAGCGUGAAAAUCUCGCCAAAAUGCUGAUGGCCGAGAAGGAGCUGCUGAAGCAAGCGAACGAGGAGCUGAACACGCACAAAGUCGAGCGCACGAGACUGGAGGCGGAAAUGGGCACCGUCAACAAGAAGCUGCAGUCGGCCAACGCGCUGGUAAAGAAGCUGUCGGAUGAUCUGGAAGCAUCGGCCGUCCAGGCAACGGAGAUCGAAACACUUCAGGCCGCGUUGAAGACUGCGGAAGACAACCUAGCGGAUAUGCGCAUCAAGGAAGGCCAGAUUCGAAAGAUUGCCAAGCGCUACAAGGAUGCAUUCACGGAGCUGAAGCGCGAGACGGACGCGCGGAAGGAAGAUGAAGCAGCAGCAGCAGCUGGAGGGGCAGGAGCAGCUGGUGCUAACGCGGCAGCCGGUGGUUCGUCCGGCGAUGGUAACGCUUCCGCCGGUGAUGCAGCGGCUGCAAUGCAGGAAGCAGGAGCAGCGGCGGACUCGGAGGAUAUGCGCAAACAGAUAGCGACGGCUACCGAAGAGAUUGACACGCUGAAGAAGGAAAACGAGCUGCUGCGGGCGAAGCUGGAGAAGGCCGAACGCGGCAUGGACAUUAUGAAGGAUGCGAAAAACCGCAUCCUGGCCCUGACGGAGCAAAAGAACAAUGCGGCACGGGAGCUGAACGCGGUGAAGUCGCAGAUGCAGCAGCAGCUCGAUCAGAUGCGCGAGGAAACGGACACGCUGAAGGCACAGUACGAGGGGCGCGUGACGCGCUGCGAGAAGGAGAAUGCGGACGCCGAUCGCGAAAGCAAGGACGCGAUCAGUCGGCUAACGAGGGAAAACGAGCAGCUGACGAUUCGAUUGAACCAGCUGAACCGGCAGCUGGGAUUGCAGCAGGCGGUGGCCAAACCGACGACCAGCGCGGUUGGUGCGGGCGCGUCCGACAAACCGGUGGGCGAAAGUCCCCGCACGGCGAACGUGAAGCCGAUGGCCGGGCCCAGCCAGCAGCAGUCGGCUACGGUUACGCCGAGGCGGGUGAGCGAAACGCCGCUGGCCAGCAUCCGGCCGAUGGCUGUGGGUAGUCGCACCGCCGCCGUGCUCCCGACGAGCCAAUCGAGCAGCGCUAACGUUGCGAUCGUGCAGGGUUCGUCGGCGUCCGCAACGGUGUCGACCAGUCCGGCGCAAGGGGUCAGCGUAUCGGGUGGAUCCGCGGCAAGUACGGCAGCUUCCGGUAGCGGCAGCAGCAGCAGCAGUAGCGCCGGUAGCUCCCUAGUGGCAGGUAGUGGAGGAAGCGGACCGGCUGGAGUGUCCGGCACACCGUCGACCAGCGGUCUCACCACAGCGCUCGUUCCGCCCCAGCAGCAGCAGGUGCACAGUGCAACCGCGACCAGUAGCAGCAGCAGCAGCACCAGCAGCAGCAGUUGCAGCGCCACUGGCGUCACCAAUCCGAUUGGUUUGAACGAAUCGAUAUCCUCACCGACAAGCUCGCACACCGACUACAUGCCGGCGACCAGCUCGGCCAGUGUGGCCGUUGCAGCAGUGCCGCCAAUGGGCACCGCUUCCACUUCCACGGCCGAAAGCUCUUCCUCGUCUUCCAGCACGUCCACGCAUGCGGAGGGGGAAAAUGCACCGCAAAUCGCUCGACCGGACGACCAGGCCCAGCAGCAACAGGUGCAGCAGGCCGCCGUAGCUAUGGUGAUGCCCCAUGUGGAAGGAGUUGUUGGCCAGCAACAGUCACCGCAGGCUCAUCUGUCGCAGCAGCAGCCGCAAUCGGCGGUACAGCUUCAACCACUGCAGCAGCAACAGCAGCAGCAACAACAGCAGCAACAGCAGCAGCAGCAACAGCAGCAGCAACAACAGCUCCAACAGCAGCAGCAACAACAGCAGCAGCAGCAACAACCGCAGCAGCAACAGCUACAGCAGCAACAACCACAGCAGCAACAGCUACAGCAGCAAUCAUCAGCUCAAGCAUCCUCCAGCAACACUGUAACCACUACACAGGCCGGUCACAAGCGACCCCGCGACGUAGAAGGUGACAGUUCGACCGAUAACGCUGGCCAACAGUUGGUCAGUAAGCCAGCGCCGGCAAAAAAGCGCCUUCGAUUGGUGCAAGUGGCAGCAGACGGUUUCCAGGGUGUCAGUGAAUCUGGCUUAGAUGUUGAGUAUCAAGUGCCGACAUCUUCGCAGCGCGAUCAAGAGGACGACAUAAUCGUGGUAGACUCCGAGGAGGAAGACGACGAUGAUGAUGACGACGAGGAGGAGGAGGACGUUGUUAUGGCUGACGAGGGUACGGCCGAAGCGGAUGACGGUCCGUUCGAUGCGUAUGAAACGGAGGAGCUGGGCGUUGCCGGCGGUGUCGGUGCGUACGACGAAGGCGAAGGGCCGGACAUCGACGAGGAUAACAACAUCCAGUCCGCCAACAAUGAGGUCGAUGUGGACGAAGACGAAGCACCGAAUCCGUGCGGUACCACCUCAACUACCUCCACGUCGACGUCCUCCACCUCAUCGUCCACGCUGUCCGCCAAGGUAAUGGAUACGACCGCGGACGUGGAAACGAGCAGCACCAGCAGCUCGACCGUACCCGCCGGCGGCAGUUCCGUUGCCGUAGCCGGUGCCUCCACCUCUACGGAACCGUCCUCCGCUGUCGAAAGCGGCGCCAGCACAAGCUCGACAAGCGGUGGCAAUACAUCGAACGAUGCGCAACAGCUACCGCAGAUCCAAAGCACUACCGGGGCCAGCCACGGCGAAGCAUCUGCUGCCGGUCAGCAAUCGUCUUCCUCUUCCUCGUCAGCCCUACCGUCGGGCGCCGCUGCGUCCUCGACGGGAGCGGGCAGUACCGCGGCCCAAUCGCAGGCAGCGGCUGCAGCAGCCGCAGCGGCUGUGGCGGUCGGUGGCAGCGGCGUUUCCGCCGCACGGCAGGUGGUCAAUCCGCUCAGUCGCCAGCAGCAGCAGGCGGCUCAUCUCAUGCUGAUGCAGCAAAACUACGACCACCACGAGGGUGCGGACGAUCGCAUCGUACCGAGCACACCGACAUUGUACGCGCCUCGGCGAACAGAUGGCUUCAGCGUAGGUUCGCCGCAUCCGCAGGUACCAACUGCCCGCUUUACGUUCAGCGAAACGUCGGCCAGCCGUCAGUCGGUCGGUGUGGUACCGACCAGUGGUGGUAGUGGUGUGGCCGGCGGCAGCAACGUCAGCUUACCGGAAGGCAUCGACGAUACCCGCAUUGAUUUGUCCCAGCUGGACGAAGCAACGGUGGCCGGUGGCAGUGGACGCAGCGUACCUACAACACCGCAGCAUACGACCCACUCGUCGUCGGAACAUUCCAUAAUGGGUGGCCUGUCGGCGGCGGCGGCGGCAGUAGCAGCCGGUGGGCCGACUAGCAGUGGCGAAAGCCAAGUGCCCGACAUUCUUGUCUCUGGUGCUAAUAUCGGAGACGGUUACAUCCCAGAGUCAACAACGAGCAGCUCGAUCGAUCCACUGUAUUCCUCCGAAGCGCAGGCGUCCACCGAUGCCGGCGGCCCGGGGGCGCUUGAACGCAGCGAACGAGAGCUGCUGGAGGAAGAUGACGAUCUGGUCGAUGGUGGCGAUUCGCGCAGCAUCGGUGCGGAAGCUAACGCUACCAUCGGCGGGGACGAUGUGGACGACGAUGACGUGGACGGAGACGUAGAUAUGGAGGAGCACAAUACCAGCACCAGCACCACCGCCAGCACGUCUACCGGCAAGCCACGCGGAGGACCGGCAUCGGCGGCAGCAGCCGGCUCGCAGUCAACUACAGCGGCCCCGAGCACAUCGGCCGCCAGUUCGGAAUCUCCUGCUGUCGGCACGGCCCAAGCAUCGGGCUCCGCCAGCGGCAGCGGAUCUUCGUCCGCCCCGCGUAAAAACGAAGCCGAUGCCGGUGCUGCCGACGAUGGUGUCAGCUCCGAGGGUGAACAUCUGAACAAAAGUUUAGUUCAGUCGCCGAUGGAAGAAAGCAGCGAGGCUGAUGUGUUGGAAACUCCGAGCAGCAACAUGCGCUUGCGCUCUUCCUCCACCACUCCACGCGCAGCGACGAAUGCAACCACCCGACGGGCCCGUCGUAUACAGCCACGGCCCCUGAAUCGAUCGUCUUGGGACGAAAGCAGACCAAAUCGCUCCGUUGCCCAGUCGAUGGGAUCUCCUCCGCAGGGUGGGCAUCACUACCAACCUCCUCACAUGAUGCAGCAACAUAUGCACAUGCAGCAGCAGCACCAGCAGCAGCACCAGCAGCUGCAACAGCAGCAGCAGCAGCAGCAGCAACAACAUCAGCAACAGCGACAGCAGCAACAACAGCAUGCGCAAUCGAGACGCGGAAAUCAACGUGGUCGUGGAAGACGCUCGAAUGCUUACCGAUAUCAGUAAAUCUGUGUGGAACUGUGGUGGUCGGUCGUUUAUUACGUCCUGCACUUAGUUAAGCCCCGUACUCUAUAUACUACUCUACAUACAGCUCAAUACAGCUGUAGCAUCGAUGCCGGUGGGACCGUGCUGCUGCAUCGCCUACUACUACUACUACAACCGCUCACAAUGCUGAUUCCUAUCGCGGGUAAAGUUCGCGGCUUAGCUUAUGAAGCGAAUUAAAAGACAAACGUUCUGCAUUCGACGAAUGCAGGGAGAAGGCAAAACACAUUCACAAACGAGAGGAGUGGCAAGUUUAAUCAUUUCAAAAAAUGUGUCCCGAUGGAAUUACUUGUAGAUUCGCUAGCGUUAAGGGGUGCUCCUCGUGUUUUGUGCUAAGGUGUGCUAAUUAUAAUGAUUUUCCCUCUGUAAACUUUGUGUGUUUUCCAACGAGCACCAGAAGAGCCCGCCAGAGAAGAUGGAUUCGUUCUUCGCACAAGUAUAAAUGGUCAGCGCGCUAAUGAUGAUCAGCUAGCUCUGUGCGUAGGUAGACAUGUACCGCAUUAAGCGUAUAAUUAAAAAUGAAAUAUAGAAAGUAAAAAUAUCUGGCUGAUUAA